CCAUAACCCCAUUCUUCUUUGAUCCUCCAUAACCUCAUUUACUCUUCCUCGCCAUGGAUACUAUCGUUAGUUUUCUGAAAUAUGAAGAAAUCCCGGUAUACGAACCCGGGGAAGUGGAGUAUGAGCGUUCGGUUGCCGUUGCCAACCUCCUCUACCGCUACUCGAGGCCCACUUGCGUUGUUCAGCCCUUGCGUUCCUCUGAUGUUCAGAUCAUUGUCAAACAAGCGAAAGAUUUGAAAAUACCAAUCACGAUCAAGAAUGGUGGGCAUUCCUAUGCAGGAUUUUCCACGACCGACUACGGCAUCUUGUUGGACCUCGUAAAGAUGAACAAGGUCAGCCUCGAUAUGAGAGCGAGAACCAUUACGUUGCAGGGGGGUGCGCAGUGGGGUCAUGCAUACAAGACAUUGGUCAGCGGCCGUCAUGAUGGGUAUAUCAUCAAUGGUGGGCGAUGCCCUACUGUGGGUGUGAGUGGUUUUAUUUUGGGGGGCGGUCUCGGCCCGUUCACCAGAAGCCUCGGAAUGGGAUGCGACUCAUUGAAGGAGGUUACCAUUGUCACCGCCGACGGAAGAGAGGUUACGGUUAAGGACAGUGGCAAUCCAAAGUCAAACGAAGACAGGCUAUUCUGGGCACUCUGCGGUGCCGGCGGUGGUAAUUUCGGUGUUGUGGUCAAGCUGAAGAUGAGCGUUCAAGAGCUGCGGGACCCGGAUGUGGUAGCUGGGAGAUACACGUGGCAUCCGGAUCCAUCGGAGAUGGGUGAUUUCAUGGCUACGAUGAAGGACUUCUAUACGACAGAGUGGGAUAAUUACCUGACUAUGGAUACCAGCUGGCUGUGCGAUCUCCAGCAGAUAAAGAGUGAGCUUGCGGUUCGGUUCAUCAUCUAUUACGAUGGCGGCAAAGAGCCCUUUGACAAUCUAAUCGACAGAGGCAUUCAAAACAAAGAGCUAGCGAAGCAACUCAAACGGCGAUCGAUGCCCGAAAAAUCUACACGAUUUCUUCAUGAGACGCUAGUGUCUCAGUGGUCGGAAGAAAUCACAAAGACCUUUCCCACGAACAGAACCUACACUAUUUAUACCUCCUUCGUCUUCAAGAAUAAUAAGAAAACAAUCGACAGUGCCACCACAAUUAUCCGAGACGAGAUGAAAGCUUUCAGAGACCUGUUCCCGGGAGAGCAAGCCCUCCUGCAAGUUACGUGGAUUCAUUCCGGGGGGGUGGCGAGCAAGAAGAAACGCGAGGCCACAGCUUUUCGCUGGCGUGACUGUGUUUACCACACAUAUAUAAUGUUGCAGUGGGAAGAGAAAUGGUUGGAACUGAAUAUGAGGGGGUUUUUGCAAUCGUUCAAGGAGAAGUUGAGGCCAUUGUCCAUGAUGAAGCGGGCCGCGUUCAUCAAUUUCCCCGACCCGGCACUGCCAAAGGGCACUCAUGAAAGAGCAUACUAUGGGAAUAAUCGUCAGGAGUUGCAGCGCAUCAAGCAAAUCUGGGACAAGGACAAUUUCUUCAACUGGAGCCAAGGUGUUCGGCUUCCACCGCAAAAAGGACCGGCUCAGGCGCCAGGUGCAGGAGCAGGAGGAACGGAACUUGCGGUCCGCAGCUUGAUGGCGGCUGAUGAGGACGAGGUCAUCGGGGAGGAGACUCGGGUGGAUGAGCAAGCCUGGACGGAUACGAUAGCAGGAAAGCACUGGCAAACUGGUAUACCCAGAAAGAACGAAUUUGAAGGAGGGAUUCUAGGAUUGACUGACUUGGGGUUCUGAGAUCCCAAGGAUUCAUUGAUGGAGGUGGAGUUUCUUUGUUGGGUUUAUUUACGACGAAUGGACUUAUGUUUUCAAGCGGAAUGUCAUAGGGUAGUUGGAUAGUAUUUUCAAAUAGGAUAAGCCUUUUUAUUAUUUG